CAUAGUAAUCCCUAUGCUGCAAAUGUGUUAGGCAUGGGGUAUAAUAUGCAAGUGGCUGUCAAAAUCUUCUUUUUUGCUUUUUGGGUAUCUUCCAUUACGCUCGCUGAAAAUGAAGAAUGUCUUAAAGGAAAUAUUAAUUAUGAGAAUACCCAGAUAAGUAAUCUUAAUGAAAGAUAUACACAUGGACAGACAGUGAAACUGAGCUGUGCUACCGGCUACGUUGGAUCUUUGAGGCUUGAAUGUGAAAAUGGCAUAUGGACAAAAAUUGCAGGAAGAGAAUGUAAAAAAAAACCAUGUGGUCACCCAGGAGACACACCAAAUGGAGACUUCAAGCUUAUAAAAGACUCAGAGUUUGUAUUUGGAGCUACAGUGGAAUAUACAUGUAGGCCAGGGUAUAUAAUGGCCAGCAGAGUAAAGCAUCGUAACUGUCGUAUCGACGGAUGGGAUAAUGCUGUACCUGUCUGUGAAGUGGUGAAAUGCCUUAUUAUUAGCAAUUUAGGCGAUGUGAUUGCAACAGGCAACACUGAAGAAGCAAGCUAUGGUGAUGUUAUCCACUUUGAGUGUGCAUCUCAUGACAAGAUGUUACAGGGACCAGAAGACAUACACUGCAAAAGUGAUGGACAAUGGAGUGACAAAAUACCGAAGUGUAUAGAAAUCAAAUGUCUGCCACCUGAAAUACCACAUGGAUUUACUAACCCUGAUAAGGAAUACAAAGAAAACAAUAUACUACAAUAUAGUUGUGAAAAAGGGUACAAUCCCAGACCUGGAAAUCCUAGGUGCACAAAAUACGGCUGGAGUAUAAAACCAGAAUGUGAAGUAAUUACUUGUCUACUUGGAUCACCCACAACUGGUGUUGUCAGCACAAAGCCAAUAGGGAAAAAUAUAUUUCUGGCUGGAGAAUAUGUGGAGAUUAUAUGCUCAAAGAAAUACUGGAUUUUUAUAACAAAGCAAGUGUCACAAAAUAUUAAAUGCAAAGAGGAUGGGAAAUGGGAAUUCAGGCCAGUGUGUGAGGAAAUCACCUGUGAAUAUCCCAGACGUGAACAUCUGUUAAAUAAUCCGUCCUACUACAAGCACAUUUAUAAAUUAGGGGAGAACACAUGGUACAGAUGUGAAUAUGGUUAUCAACCUACACCUGCAAGUAUUACAUGUACAGAGAACGGCUGGGAGCCAGAACCACGAUGUAUUGAAAUUACUUGUCAAAAACCAGAGAUUGCACAUGGAGAAGUGAUGGGGAUACAAAAGAAUACUUAUAAUAGAAAUGUAAAAAUAGAGCUCAGGUGUAAUCAAGGAUAUGAACCUAAAAGAUUUCUCGUCACCUGUAACCAAAAUGGGGAAUGGGACAACAUGCGGCAAUGCACAUUGGUGAAAUGCCCUAUUAUUAGCAAUUUAGGCGAUGUGAUUGCAAAAGGCAACACUGAAGAAGCAAGCUAUGGUGAUGUUAUCCACUUUGAGUGUGCAUCUCAUGACAAGAUGUUAGAGGGACCAGAAGAAAUACACUGCAAAGAUGAUGGACAAUGGAGUGACAAAAAACCGAAGUGUAUAGAAAAAACAACUUGUGCAGGAGCCUCUGUGGAAAAUGGGUUCACACAUAAAUUGCCUGGAGGAUUUUCUUACUCAUGUCACACAAACUAUAAAGCAUUUGAUGAGAAAUGGUGGGGAGUGGUAAUCUGCACUGAAGGCCCACAGAGUUAUGCACCACUGUGUAUACCUAAUGAUCAGUGUGGACAAAUACCCAAUGUUCAUGCAAAGAAAAUUCAAGUAAAGAAAGGCUAUAAGAAUGAGGAAACAGUAGAGUUUGAAUGUGAAUCAAAACCAUGUUGUUUUAAAUGUAUCAGUGGAACGUGGCAAGACUGUCAAUGUAUUCCUCCCAGUGUUGAAAAUGCAGUUAUUACUUCACACAGUCAGCAUCAAGUGGAAUACACGUGUCGAAAUAAUUACACAAUAACUGGGAAACGGUUAAUAUCCUGCAACAGCUCACAGUGGAAAGAACUACCAACAUGCAAAUUGGGUAUCAACCUUAGAUGCCAAGAUCCUGAGCGAGAAAUAAAUGAUGCGAUUCGGAAUGACCCAAAUCUGAAGGCGUACUAUGAGGAAGGUGGCGGUGUACAAUACAAAUGUAGAGAAGACUUCUACUUUCAGAAUGGGAGCAAAGCCGUGUGUUCUGCAGGAAAAUGGAAGUACCCACAAUGCAUAAAAUUGGAUAUAAACCUUAGAUGCCAAGAUCCUGAGCGAGAAAUAAAUGAUGCGAUUCGGAAUGACACAAAUCUAAAGGCGUACUAUGAGGAAGGUGGCGGUGUACAAUACAAAUGUAAAGAAGGCUUCCACUUUCAGAAUGGGAGCAAAGCCGUGUGUUCUUCAGGAAAAUGGAAUUACCCACAAUGCAUAAAAUCCUUAAAUACUGAUCUGGAAGAGAAAAAUGAGAUGGCCCGAAGUGAAGAAUCUUUUUUGCAUGAAAAUGUCACAGCUGGACAAACCAGACUACAGUCCAAAGAAAAGUGAAAACAUCGGAGGACAGAACAGUUCAAUCAACAACCGUUGCCUGGAGACAAAGAAAUGUACCCAAAACAUGGUCAAUCUAUAAUAUCAAGGUGUCAAUUAGGAACAUAUCAAAAACAUAUAUAGCAGAAGUGUCUUGAUGGAAUAUUACACCUGCUUUCAUUAAUUAAAAUUCUAACAGAUUUUCAUGUAACUGCUAAAAUAAUGUGUGUAAUUUUAUUUGAGAAAAAUAAUAAUGGACCCAUACAGCCAGAACAACAAUUAUAACUAGUUACUAAAGAUUAAUCUACAUUUUCAAAUCAUAUGGAGAAUCGAUGAGGAGUACUAGAAUGUUCUUCUUUAAUCGUGAUUUUUACAGGACAAUUUUAUAUUGUCUUUUCAUAGAUAAUUCAGCAAGUUAAUAAAAACAUUUAUAAUUA